AUGCAAGCAGAGCCUGGACAAACUCUCGACCUGUUGCGAGAGUCCAUGAAUCGAUACGAUCCUCUUGCCAUCAGGAUUCAAAGUAACAUCGGUCAAAUCGGUCACAUCCCAAGGAAGAUGUCUUGCUUUCUUAGCCCCUUGAUCGACGCCAACAUGUUGAUGCUAAGGGGCAAAGUUUCCGAUUCUCACAUCGGAGGUCACAUAGAAAGGACGAUCCCUAUAGAAGUAGAAGUUCAUAUUUACCCUAGCUCGGAAGGCCCGGUCCAGAUGGAAGCUGCAUCCAAAUUGGAGCAACUCAAGUCGUUUUUGACGAGCUCAGAUAAGUCGAAGGAUGGAGAAAAGCCAGCAGCCAGCUCCACAGCUAAGCGGCAAGCAACUAUCCAUGAAGUCCUAGGAGCACAUGGGAAAAAGGCUAAAGCAGACAAGGCACAAAUUGCUUACAUAGAAUGCCAAGGUGUAGAUAAGAUUUCUCUCUCGGCAACUGGCAUUGAGUGGCAGAAAUUCAUGGAUAAAGGAGCUCAAAUGGACGUGGGUUGGAUUAAUGACGAUUGGUUUCAAAUGAUGCGACCCAUCAACAUGCCUUUGCUAGAAGCCUUUCAGUCAAACGUGAAUGCUUUAUUGGACGACGGACACAAUGACACUCUUGAGCAAUUUCGUGAAUUCAUAUUUGAGUCACAGAUGUUCUGGGAUAUCGAGAGAAGUGAAAUUGAAAGCGUUCAAGAAAAGCACGUUCAAGACAAGCUUACUAAAUAUCUUUCGAAUUUCAUUCAUGACCUGCAGGAAAAAAGCACGAGCCAGAGAGUGAUUGAAAUGGUCACUUUAGAAAGAUCGAGGAAAGUGUCAGGAAUGAAGUUUGUACAUCUUCCCACCUUUGCUAAGGAUACUGAGGAGGAAUUGUGCGACAUCGAUUGGCUCUUGCCGGCAAUUGAAUCUAUGUAUUGA